GCGGGAGCAGGUGUGGGGACUGGGCUGGGAGCGGAGUUGAGCUGAGCUGAGCGCUUCCUUGUGGAGAUGGAGCUGCUGCUGUGUGUGGCGCUGGCGGCCGCGCUGCUAUACCUGGCCCUGCUACAGCGUUGCACCGGCCGCCGCACCGCCCCGCUGCACCGGGAGCCCGGCAAGGCGGUAGCCCACUACGGCGUCAAAGACACGCCAUCAAUUCGGUUGUCUGGCCUUGCUCUAAGAGUGGCUGCGCACCUGGUUAACACGGUCUUUGGCCAAUUUGUUUUAAUUCCGCUGCUGAUGAGAAUGGUGAACAUGCAUUCACUACGAGACGCAGUCAUUCCAGAAAGCCCUACGUUCAUUCCUGUCGUUGAACCCGAGGGCAGUGAUGAUCCACCGGGACAAGAUAACAAGGAGACCAUUUUGAAUGACCUCAUGCAGCUGAGUGAUGCAGUAGAGAAGCCUGGGUUCAACUUCAGAAGCAUUUCGGAUUUCAUCCAAGAUUACAAGUCGGGUAGAAUAACUCCAACGCAAGUGGCUGAGAACGUGAUCCGAGCUCUGGAGGACUCUAAUGGAAGUGACAUCCCACUGCGAGCUGUCGUACAAUACCAGCCCAAUCUCAUCAUGAAGAUGGCAGAAGCCUCCACUGCACGAUACGCUGCCAAUGCAACCCUCUCCCCUCUGGAUGGGAUUCCAGUCUGCAUCAAGGAGGAGAUGCAAGUGGUCCCGUAUCACCACCGAGCGGGGACGAUGUACCUCGGCGAGGAGCAGGCGACCGAGGACGCCACAGUGGCCAGGAAACUGCGGGAGGCGGGAGCGGUGAUCAUCGGUGUGUCCAACAUGCACGAGCUUGGACUGGGGGUGACGGGCUGCAACGUCAACAGGUAUCACGGCGUUUGCCGGAACCCCUACAACCCUCAGCACUUCCCCGGAGGAAGCUCCAGCGGCUCUGGAGCGGCCGUGGCAGCAGGUCUUUGUCCGUUGGCGAUUGGGAGUGAUGGUGGAGGUUCUGUGAGAAUUCCGGCUUCGUUUUGCGGAAUGGUUGGCCUAAAAGGUACAUUUGGUCGAAUCAGUUGCUACGGAGCAAUUCCUCUUUCCUACUCCAACGUCAGUUUGGGUCCAAUCUGUACCUCAGUGAAGGAUGCCGCCAUAGCCUACACAAUCCUCUCUGGCCCAGACCCAAACUACUCCUACGGCAUCCAUCAGCCUUCACUGAAUCUUGACAAUGUUGGACAUCCUGAUCUGGAGAACAUCAAAUUUGGCAUCGAUUGGAAGUUCUUCACGGACUGUGAUCCUGAGGUCUUGGAGGUUUGCCAGAAAGCGGUGUAUUACCUGUCGGGUUUGGGGGGGAAAAUGGUGGACGUGACAAUCCCAGAGCUGGAGGAGGUACAGACCGCUCACUUCAUCAGCAUCCUGUGUGAAAUACGAGAGGCCCUCACCAUGGAUUUUAAUAAUCACUACCACAGCAUGAAUCUGGAUACUCGCAUGUCUUUGGCCAUUGGAUCACAUUUCACGAGUUCUGAUUUUAUUCAGGCUGGGCGCCAGCGAUCUCGGGCCAUGAAGUUUUUGGAAGACAUUUUCAAAGAAGUGGAUUGCCUCAUCACACCAGCAAUACCCAGUACAGCUCCAUCUUUUAAAUCCUCUGACUGCAGUUUUGGAUGCAGUGAUCUACACACCUUAUUCAGCACAAUAAGAUACAUGCAACUUGCUAACUUCACAGGAAUUCCUGCUCUGGUAGUUCCUGUGGGAUACAGUUCCUCUGGCCUACCCAUUAACCUCCAGAUUAUGAGCAAGUGGUGGGAUGAAGCAACGCUGUUCCGGGUCGGGCUGAAGGUGGAGCAGUUCCGUGCUGAAACCAAGAAACCGCAGAUUUAUUACAAUCUCCUGUAACGAGGCGUUCAGCGUAAGGUGCUCUUUGUUUUCCCGUCUCCAGCCCAGUUUGUCGAUAUUAAUCAAGCCUUUGUACACAAAGCCUGAAAUUUGAAACUCAGUUUUCAAAAUUACCCCCUGCGGUGUCUCCAGUUUAUUUAUUCUCAGUCACGACUAGUUGCAUUGUGUAGGCGCACUAGCGCAAGGGUGCAGAUUGGGUAUUUGGAAACCGCAUCACUGAUUAACCUUGAAAAUCAGAGAAAAAGACACAAAGUGCUGGAGUAACUCAGCAGGUCAGGCAUCAUCUCUGGAGAACAUGAAUAGAUGAUAUUUCAGGUCGGGACCGAUCAGUUUAGUCUAUUGUCAUGUGUGCCGAAGAAAAACAAUGUCCUUUUAUUCUGAGGCUGUGCCCUCUGGUCCUAGACUCUCCCACUACUAGAAACAUCCUCUCCCUAUCCACUCCAUCCAGGCCUUUAAUUAUUCAGUAGGUUUCAAUGAGGCGCCCUCUCAUCCUUCUAAACUCCAGUGAAUACAGGCCCAGAAAUGGCAAACGCUGCCGAUCAAACGGUGUUGCUCGGACAAAUAUUAGGUGUUUGGGGAAAUAUUUGACUAGUAAAUCACCAGCCCUCUGAUCGCACAACUGUAAAGAUGUAGUUUAGUUUAGUGUAUUAUCAUCACAUACCGAGUGUAAGCUUUUGUGUUGCAGGCCAUCCAGUCAGUGGAAAGACUAUACAUGAUUAUAUUGAUCCCAGAAUGUCGUCCAUUCAUGUUCCAUCCAGAGAUGCUGCCUGACCCGCUGAGUUACCCCAGCCCUCAGUCUUUUUUUGUAAACCAGCAUCUGCAAUUCCUUGUGUCUACCUUUUCUUUUGCUCGUUACCUGUUGCAGCAUAGAAACAGGCCCUUCGGCCCAACUCGUCAAUGGCUGCCUACAUGGGCUAGUACCAUAUGCCUACGUUUGGCCCAUACCCCUCUAACCUUUUCCAUCCAUGUGACCAUCAGUAAAAUCUUGAAGAUGCCGGGAACUGCAGAUGCUGGUUGACAGAAAAAGACAAAGUGCUGAAGUAACUCAGCAGGUCCGGCAACAUCCCUGGAGAACAUGGAUAGGUGACUCUAGUAGUGGGCAGGGGGGGAGAAAGCUGGUAGAGAGGUGAGGUUGGGACAAAGCCCAUCAUCUAACCAUGUUCUCCAGAGAUGCUUACUGACCCCUUGAGUAACGCCAGCACUUGGUGUUAAACCUUGUAUCUGAACCCCCCUUCAAAAUCUUUUCCCUCUCACCGUAAACCUAUGCCCGCUCAUUUUUAGACUUCCCCACCCAGAGAAAAAGAUGUGAAAAUCCUUCCUAUCUGUGCCUCUUGUGAUAAGGUCACCCCUCAGCCACCUCCACUCGAGGGGAAAAAUUCCCAGCUUAUCCCCACUCUCCGAACCUCCAGUGCCUACAACAGACUUUAAUAUCUUCUUUGUAGCCUCUCCUUUGAGAACAUUUAUUUAGCUCUUUAGACAUUAAAUGUGCACCAAAUGUUUGUAUGCAAAUCAUGAAGUGCGUCACCAGAACAGAUUUUAAGUGAAUGAGGGGCGGAAAAAACGAAAAUUGAAGGAUCAUGAUAAUUUCAAUUUUUCUGAACUUCUGACACUAAUGCCACUUUUGCUCGAGUCAUUAAGCAGCUUAAACAUUAUAUCUGGAAGUUAAAGUGGCUUCUUAUUAUUCAUAGAGUCCUGUUGUAGGCUUGACGUCAAUGCAAGACCUGAAGACCUGGAAUACUCUCGUAUUCAAAACCAUUGAUCAAGCUUGUGAAGAAAUUCCAUUCGUUAAAUUGUUUUGAGAUACCCAAAGAUGAAGUUUUAUUUUUUCAACAUUUUGCCCUUUAUCAGUGAAGCAUGAGUGGAAAUAAUACAAGGGAAAUACUUCCAGUCUGGCCAGGGUUGUAACAGGGCACUAGAGAUUUAACCAUCCUUCCAAGAGCCUGCAGACGGUGGCAAUCCGGGACAAAGACAGCGAAUGCUGGAAACACUCAGCGGGUCAGGCAGCAUCCGUGGAGAGAGAAACGGCUAACGUUCAAGGUCUUGACACCCUUCAUGAUCACAGUGAAUGGCGGUGCUGGCUCGAAGGGCCGAAUGGCCUCCUUCUGCACCUAUUUUCUAUGUUUCUAUCAGGACAGAGAAAAAUUCAACAGCUAAUUCGGAUAGAGGCUUGGGAAUAGAAAAGAACGUGGCUUUUGAAGGGUAGUAACUUGUAAUGUGUUGCUUAUAAAUUCCCGACGGCAAUUCAUUGACCAAUCGGCCGUGGCUGGGUGAAUGAUGAGUAGGCCCGGGUGCUGGACUGCACACAAAGCCCAGCCGGCGGGCCAGCUGAGGAGCUUUGGCCCCGGGCCGCGCGACAUCGCACGCAAAGUCCGGCGCCCCAUCCAACUCAUGAACUGAUGAUCGGCCAUGAGAAGGAGGGGAGGUGGUGGUGUCAGCGGUAAGCGAAGGUCGGACGGUCGGACAGCUGGCCGGGUUGCCGACCGAUGGGGCCACGGGCGAGGUGCUGCUGCUGCACUCCAUGGGCUGCACUGCGUCGGGACGGGUGAGGCGGGGCUGGACGCGACGUUCUGACCCGACAGUUCCCUCGACCCGAGUAGUAGCAGUCAAAUACGGGACGAGGGCGGUCCCAUAUGGGACAAACCAAUUUAGCCCAAUAGUCGGGAUGUCCCCCCCUAUCUGUAUCCACCUAGCGUGCAAGGAGUGGACGAGGAAGUGGGAUAGCAUACAACUAAUGUGAGCGGGUGAUUGAUUGUCAAUGUGGACUUGGUGGGCCGAAGGGCCUGUUUGCAUGCUGUGCCUUUUAAUCAGUCGAAGCCGAGCAUGUGGGACAAUCCCAGUGGACCAGGCUACACAAUAUGACUUGGACAAGACAGCAUCAGCAGCAUCUCACACAAUGCAGCUGACCAGCCUCAUUAACUACCCUGUCAGAAAACCUCCCUUCGAUGCACCAAUUAUCCCCCCCAACCAUCCCUGUUACCCAGUCAAUCUUGUUUCUUAGAUCUGAUGAAGAGUCUUGGAUCCAAAAAGUUAAAAUCAUUCUCUUUCCACAGAUGUGUAGGAAUGAACUGCAGACGUUGGUUUAAACCAAAGAUAGACACAAAAUGCUGGAGUAACUCAGCGGGAAAGGUAGCAUCUCUGGAGAGAAGGAAUGGGUGUCUUUUCUGGUCAAGUUCCUUCUUCUGUCUGAUGAAGGGUCUCGACCCAAAACGUCACCCAUUCCUUCUCUCCAGAGAUGCUGCUGGUCCCGUUGAAUUCCUCCAACAUUUUGUGUCCACUCUUUCCACAGAUGCUGCCGAACCUGCUGAGUGUUUCCGGCAAUUUCUGUUUUGUUCCUUUCCACUGAUAAUUUGAUAUUGACUUGGACACAAAAUAAAUGACCCAUCUGCACUCAUCUGAUAUGUGGGAUCAUGAAGGGUAGAAGUUCAGCGGAAUAUUAUUUAAGAAUGAAAACGGGUAUUAAAUUAUGGUAAUAAAAAAUCUAUUUCUAUUGCACUUGCCAUUUUUGUUUUGUCAUUAUAUAUUGCUGCUUUACAAUGAACUUAAGUGAUUUAGCUAAAUCGAAAAAUUGUUUUCAGUAUAAUUCACCCUUUGUGAUUGUGAAAUAUUUAAAUUCUAAUAAAAAGCUAUCUAUA